AUCAGUAAUAGCUCAAACAAGAGAAUUUUAGUGAAGAAAAGCUAAGAAUAAGUUUCCAAAGAUUGCUGCUAUUUGUUGGUACUUUAGGAACAAAGCUGUGAAUUUUUAGUUGGGAUUCAGAAGAUGAAGGAGAGAAGUGAAGGUGGUGGAGGAUGCUAUGUAAGAGCAGAUCAAAUAGAUUUGAAGAGCUUGGAUGAGCAACUUCAAAGGCAUCAUAGUAGAGCAUGGACACUGGAGAAGAGCAAGAGUAUGAAAGAGGAAGGCAGCGUUGGGGUCGGCAGAGGUGGCGAACUGCUAAGGCCAAGCAACACCAUGAGAAGACAAGAGUGGGAAAUUGAUCCUUCUAAGCUUGUCAUCAAAGGUGUCAUCGCUCGUGGUACGUUCGGUACAGUGCACCGUGGUAUUUAUGAUGGCCAAGAUGUUGCUGUUAAACUUCUUGAUUGGGGAGAAGAGGGCCAUAGAUCAGAGGCUGAAAUAGCCUCACUCAGAGCAGCUUUCACACAAGAAGUAGUUGUGUGGUAUAAGCUUGAUCAUCCUAAUGUAACAAAGUUCAUAGGGGCGACAGUGGGAUCAUCAGAGCUGAACUUACAAACGGAAAAUGGUCAUAUAGUCAUGCCAAGUAAUGUUUGUUGCGUUGUUGUUGAAUAUUGUCCCGGGGGUGCACUCAAAUCUUACCUGAUAAAGAAUAGGAGGAGGAAGCUUGCCUUUAAAGUAGUUGUUCAAAUGGCACUAGAUCUCGCACGAGGGUUGAGCUAUCUUCACUCUAAGAAGAUUGUCCAUAGAGAUGUCAAAACCGAAAACAUGCUUCUGGACAAGACACGUACUGUGAAAAUUGCUGAUUUCGGUGUCGCUCGACUUGAGGCAUCGAACCCUAACGACAUGACUGGAGAGACUGGAACACUGGGUUACAUGGCACCAGAGGUCCUUAAUGGCAAUCCCUACAAUCGAAAGUGCGAUGUGUAUAGUUUUGGUAUAUGUUUGUGGGAGAUAUACUGCUGUGACAUGCCAUAUCCUGAUCUAAGCUUCUCAGAAGUCACAUCUGCUGUUGUCCGCCAGAAUCUGAGGCCAGAGAUACCUCGUUGCUGUCCAAGCUCGCUUGCAAAUGUAAUGAAGAGAUGCUGGGAUGCAAACCCCGACAGACGACCAGAGAUGGAUGAGGUGGUGUCGAUGUUAGAGAGUAUAGACACAUCCAAGGGAGGAGGGAUGAUCCCACAUGAUCAACCUCAGGGUUGUUUAUGUUUUCAGAGAUAUAGGGGACCUUGAUAUUUUUACCCUUACCCCCACAUUGAACUUGAAUUAAAAGAAAGCUUCCAGGGCAUAGUUCCAAUUU